AUGGACAUUGACGAGUCGUCACUGCAUACUACGAGUCAAACACCGCCGCAGGUUUACUUCAUCUAUUUUGGGCAAGCAAAAGAAGAUAUUCCACGCAAUAUCACUCAUGUGACCAUUGAUCCUUCUGUUUCCAAGAUUCAUGAUUAUGCCUUUCAAGAUUGCCAUUUGUUGGCGAGCGUUCAGUUUCAUGAUCAUCUACAAGAAAUUGGAGACUCGGCCUUUCAGCGAUGCCGAUCCUUGACAUUGGCUGCUGGUGGUCGCGGUGGUCUGAUUCCUUCUACUGUCAAAGUGAUUGGUCAAUUGGCCUUUUCGGAAUGUUCUCGUCUCCAAGACAACCUCGUGCUUCCACAUGGUCUGAGAUCCAUUCGGUUUCUAAGCUUUGCUUGGUGCGAGUCUCUGACCCAAAUAUCAAUCCCAAAAACAGUGGAGAACAUUGACAUGGAGGCAAUGAUUGGGUGUUCCGCACUUUUGGAAGUUCAGCUGGAAAAAGGUCUCCUUUCAAUUGGUUCCCACGCCUUUAGUAACUGUGUGUCGCUGACAACCAUGACGCUACCUUCGUCUCUGACGACACUCGGCGAAGGGGCUUUUAAUUAUAGCCUUGCCUUGACCGAAAUCAAAUUAUCGCAGGCACUCCAAGCAAUCGAGCACAAUACCUUUUCUUGGUGUCGGUCCUUACUGGAGAUCUCUAUUCCAAAUUCGGUCCAGACUCUGGGCAAUGGAGCCUUUUUCAACUGUACAAGUUUGCGAGAUGCAUUUCUUUGUGAGGGACUCAUCUCGAUUCAGAGACGGGCCUUCCAUACAUGUACCUCUUUGAGAAAAGUGCAUGUCCCAUCGACUGUAUCCUUCAUUGGCGACGACGCCUUUUACAAAUGUCAGUCGUUGACCGAUGUUCGACUACCCCAAUAUUUGGCAUCCAUUGGUGACAAGGUCUUUUGGAAUUGUGCGGCUCUCCGCAGUAUUGAAAUACCCGAGACGGUGGGACGGAUUGGCGACGAAGCCUUUUUCUUUUGUACGUCGUUGGUGGAUGUCAGUUUCCCAGUAGGUGUCCGAACCAUUGGCACUCGGGCAUUCGGAAAUUGUGAAGCCUUGUCCGCCAUUUCCUUGCCAUCCAGCCUUACCAUGAUUGCACCAAGGGCCUUUGCAAUGUGCAGCAGUCUGCUUUGUGUCGAAUUUCCAGCAGACGGCAUGGAACGAGUGACCAUUGGAGAGUUUUGCUUUGAUGGAUGCAAUUCCUUGGUAACAUUGUCCAUGCCGCCUUCUUCUGUGUGGGAAUCAACUUCUCUCAUGACAUGUGCCGCAUUGAUGGAUCUGCGCUUUGGACUCGAGUCGGACCUGCUUCAGAAACAAAUGGAACAGAAACUGCAGUCGCUUCGCGGUCGAUUUGACAACCUUCCAGUCCAUCUGGUCUGUUAUCAUUCGUCGAGAACAACGGUUCAAGACGUGGAACGAGUAUUGGAUGGAAUUGGUAAUAUAUUUGAUGACAGUGAACAGCAUUAUGAUAAUUGGAAAGAUUCGUAUGGUUUGACACCGUUCCACAUUCUUGCCACGUCUGUAAAGCCAAGUGUUGAGAUGUUGAGUUGCCUACUGGACCAUUGCCCGGAUAACACUGUGCAAUGUCUGACUCCAACGGACAAUCAAGGCUUGACCAUGAUGGAUUACUUGCUCUUGCAUACCUCAGAUGCGGUAUUCCCGUUGAUACAAGUCGUCCUUAAUCGAUUGUUAGUCCAUGAAAUGUCCAAAUGGGGCCUGGAACGAUGGAGCAUGGAGGUAUCCUUUUGCGUGAACGUUGAUUCCAAUUCAGCAGGUUCUCAUGACAAUGAGACCAAACUUGCAAAUGUGAAAAGAGUACUCGUACUUUUGGGAUACUAUUUGCGGGUCGAAAUGACAUCCUUGGCAGAGCUGGCAGUUUGGAAGAAAAAUAUCCAAGAAGUAUCGUCAUCAUCAUCAUCAUCAUCCCAACUGGAGCUACUACAUCAGUCUGACGAUGAUGACGACGACGACGACGACGAUGAAGUGGUGGAAGAACAUAGAAGCUCCUGUCGAUGGCAGUCUGGUGUAGAAGUAGUCCUUCAGAAUGUGAUUGGAUUCCUAUGGGAGAAGAAUCAGGAAGAACCACGAGCGACUUGUCCUGAAACUGCUGUUUCUAUUUAUCCUCUGCUGUCAUUGCAAAAGAUGGAGGAUGCCAUGGCUGGCAUGCAAUAG